GUCCUUACACACCUCUCAGCUACUAACCUGUAGUUCUCUGCUUCGUCCUGUGCAUCUUCCGGGUAUUAUUCCUAUUCUCAAAACAUAAUCACGCCUUAUUCCUCUGCGGCCGGGCGGUUAACACGCACAGAUUUACGCAAAAUCUGAGCAAGCCAUUUAGGGUUGGCAGCGCGGACUCUGUAAUACUGGGUGCGCCGGAUAUUAGUAAAUUCUGUGAAGAGGGCUCCGUGUACGAGAAACCCGACCGCCUAAGAUUCAGACGUGGCGGCCGGUCUGAAAACGUAAAUUCACGGCACUGCAUCCCGCGUUCAGGAUCGGACAGACCAGUCUCGACUCCAGGUAAAAAGCCCAGCUGCAGAAGGACCAGGUCUGAUCGGAGGAUGUGGCGACAAGCGUUUGCAGCUGUGCUGCUGGCAGUAAGCAUUGGCUACUUCUACCAGUCCAACCCUGCAUUUCCAGAGCUGGCUGUGCGCUACCUCACCACAUCCCUGCAGUCCCUGUCCAGCUGCCUUCAGAGAAGCUCCAGCACUGCUACCAUUGAGCAGACCAUCUCCUCAGCCUGGGACACACUCAUCACUGCCCCAGCCACGCAGUGGACCAGGGUGGCUGUGGGAGUGAACACCUGCGUGGACGUGGUGGUAACCGGGGUGGGGCUGCUCCAGGCGCUCGCUGUUGAUCCCGGCACGGGGGUGGAUCACGAGGUCCUGCACUCCAAAGAGGACCUCAAAGAAACCUUCAUCUACUACAUGGAGAAGGGGGCGGCCGCCGAGCGAUUCUACAGUGACAAGGAGUCGUUUCAGCGGAUAGCCAGGGCGGCAUCCGAGUAUCCCGGGGCUCAGCACUUUGUGGGUGGAAACGCAGCUCUGAUUGGUCAGAAGCUGGCAACCAAUCCCCACGUGACGGUGCUGCUGUGCGGGCCAGUCGGACCCAAACUCCACGAGCUGCUGGCUGAUCAGAUCAUUGUCCCGGCUGAGUCUCUGCAGGUGACUGAUGAGUAUCAUCUCAUCCUGGAGUACAAGGCAGGAGAUAAGUGGGGCUCGUCGCAGGCUCCUAGUGCAAACCGCUUCAUCUUUUCGCACGACACGUCCAACGGGGAGAUGAGUGCACUGGAGACCUUCGUGGGGAGCAUGGAGGAGUUCCAGCCCCAGCUGGUGGUGCUGUCCGGGCUGCACAUGAUGGAGGGCCAGGGCAGGGAGCUCUGGGAGGAGCGUCUCAAAGAGGCUGUGGUAACCAUCUCGGACAUCCCCAAUGAGGUCCCUAUCCACCUGGAGCUGGCCAGCAUGACAGACACAGACUACAUGAACAGCAUCAUGCAAGAGCAGGUUCUGCCCAUAGUGAAUUCCAUCGGCCUGAACGAGCAGGAGUUGCUAUUCAUCUCGCAGGCGGGCUUGGGCCCCCACUCCCAGCUGCCCUCCUGGAGCGGCGUCCCUGAUGUUGGUCAGGUCAGUGACAUACUCUUAUGGAUCCUCAAGCAGCACGGUCGCACUGACCUGGAGUCUGAGGCUGAUCUCACCCGCAUCCACUUCCACACCCUUGCCUACCAUAUCCUGGCCACAGUCGAUGGCUUCUGGGCCAACCAGGUGUCUGCCGUGUCUGCUGGCGCCAGGGUGGCCGGGAGCCAGGCCUGCGGCACACAGGAGAUCGACGUGAACAGAGUGGUCCUCAAAGCCCCCCUGGAGUUCCACACCUCCCGGGACGAGCCAGGACAGACGAUGACUUUAAAUCCGUCCGAGCCUGUGGUAGUCUGGCACAGAGAAAAUGUCUCUUUUUACCUCACGCCUGUUUUAGUUUGUAAAAACCCACUUCGGACAGUUGGGCUGGGGGAUGCCAUUUCAGCAGAGGGACUGUUGUACUCCGAAAUGGCUGAGCAGUAAGCGACUGUUGGAAUGGAAAUACUAAGUGCAGACUGUCUUAUUCAGUACCAUUUGGGCCAUGCUACAACAAAGGGUCUCCGACAAUUGGAUAGCGUAAGGUUUCCCUACUUAAUUGAAAUAAUCUUGAGGGGUUUUGUCUUUUUUUGUGUCAAAUGUGUACAGUACCUGUAUUCAGAAGCAACACUUAUGUGCUUAUGGUUUUUUCACAAUGGGAAAUCGCACUUUAAUGAGCAAUAGCACUUGUUUCUGAAUAUGGCAUGCUCCAGAUAUUCAGGGUUGAGCAGUCUACUCGGGUACACCCGAAAAAUGUAUUUCUAAUUUGGCUUCAAUAGAGACACAUGCAUUGCCUUAAUGUUAACCAACUGAAAAUAAGUGAUAUUUUGCUUACGCUGAUUUGCUGUUAUGAAAACAAAUGGCUGUGUGUUUAAUGGAAAAGGAUGAGGAGUGUUUAGUGUACACAGAAUGUAGCAUUUUGUUAGAAGACAUUGCAGAACCUUCCAGGCACAGAUGGUGCUGAAUAAGAGAGUUUGGGUCUUGGGUAUGUAUUCCAACAAACAACUGGAAGAAUAGAGUGCAUCUGGGAUCAGUGCAAAAGGGGCUUAAGAAAUAAAUGUCCUGCUCGUUUUUAAUUUAUUUCAAAAGUCAAAUUGUAAUUUUAUCUUGCUAUGCAGUUUACUGGCCUGAGGCAAAUCACGUUCUUCUAAUAUACAAUCAAAAAAAAAAAAACUUAACAAAAGUAAGUGAUGCGCACACCAAAUAUCAAAUUAGGUAACGGCCCUUUGUCAAAAUUGAGUUUGACACCCCUGCAUUAGAGUGACUAUAACUUUUAUCAAAGAAAAUAUGAAUCUGAAAAAAGAUAAUGUCAAAAAAAGACAAAUAAUGUCAUUGUAUCAGGGGAGGAUAUGGCUACAGAAAACCAUCAUUUUCACCUGACCCAGAUUUAACAUGCAAAACCUGUGAUCAGUUUCUUCCAAAUUAUGCAACUGCUGCAGCUUGUACUGGUUAGUAAGAUAUUGUAUAUGAGGCACAAUAAUACUUUUAAAAGCCCACAAUUUGAGUUGUGUAACAUCCUAAUAGAUUUAGUCACUUUUAAGUCCAACAGAACAACAGUGUGUGAAAUAAAUGUAAGUGCUUUAAGCUCAACUCCAAGAUUCGCCACAAUAGUGACUAUUUGGUGAACCUAGAUUUUAUCAUUUGUGCGCCUGGAGACUGUACUACCCUCAUUCACCAGCAGAGAGCAGUCCCGCAAGGUCAAAGUUAAGGAACUUUGGUGAAGCACUAUGUGGAUAAGCCAGCACUGCCUGUGCCUUACCUGCACUGAAGACAUGUGGGAACUGCAGUCAACGUUCUAUCACUAAAACAUGUUUUUUGUAUAUAUGUAUAAAAAGCAUGUUAUGUGGUGGAGGCUAAAAAGUAAGUGGAAAAUUUAAUGUGCAAUCAGACCAUAAAAAAAUGUCAUUUUGUUUUCACUUAUUCUCACUUUACUGUCUGUAUGUCUUUAAGAAAGUGUUCUAACACAGAAGUAGCAUCACUCCUAUGGAAAUAAGUCAUAAUAAAUUACCAAACAUUUUGUGGAGCCAUUUGUUUUGUAGACUAUGCAUAUGCAUGUAGAAAGGCUACCAAAAGUUGUGAUUGGCACUUACUUAGCAGUGCCAGAGAGCUCAUUAUUUGGGAGGGUGAGUUUAAGGCCCUGUCCACACUAUAUUACUUUAAACCAGCUUAAAAGUGCUAAAUACGGUUAUUGUCUACAAUAUGCAGUGUUUAAUACCGUACUCGAGACCACCAGUCUCGAGUCCGGUUCUAAUUAGAUCCCAUCAGGUAGUACGGUUUAUCAUAAGUGUGGACGCUGUAUCCUCCAAUAUCCCAUAAUUCUCUGUGAUAUGCUUCACGAAAUACUCAGAACAGACGCAUGAAGGACUUGCUAUCAGUGUACACUCCGCAAUGGGUAUUCAUUUUUUAUACUUUAAAAAAAAAAAAAACCAAAAUGUCAUGUAGCGUGGACAGGGCCUUAAAAGGAUGUCUAUGCCAUGUAGAAUAUGCCUCUUUGUGACUGAAUAUUGGCAAGUAUUGAAUUCUCUUCCUCUGGCAUUGAUGUGUACAGUAUUAAAUAUCUGAGUUAUUUGUUGAAACUUGCCCAUGUAGGAAUUAACCAGACAUAUCAAAUAACUUCAGAUAUGUUACAAUGAUUUCCCUACCAUCUCUGAAUUUGUUAUAAUUGUUUUGGUGACAGCAGUUUUAAAUAAAUAAUAAAAUGCACAAUGGAUUCUUAGAUGUGAUCAAUGCAGGCUUUGCAAAUAUACUGGAUGAGGUACAGGGAAAACUUGGGAACUAGUUUAUUUGAGUUAACUUACAAUCUCAGUAUGGGACUGGGUCCCAGCCUUUUGCUUUUUAAACUAUAAUGCUUCUACAUUCAGUUACAGGUUUAAUUACCUGACUUGCCAAUCUACUGUUUUUAGGUAAAUUCAGUGUCUUUUCAACAGACUCCAGUUUGUGACGGACUGAUUGUAUUAAAGUAUAUACAUAAUCAAUUUAAAAUGCAAUUUGGUGUUGCACAACAGCAAGAAAAAUGUUAUAAAGUAGAACUCUUUUUUUUCUAAAAAUCCUACAAUACCAUUUUAAAUUCUUUAAGGGGUGUUAUAAAAAUGUCUUAAAGCUUGUCUCCUAAAGUAUGAAUACAUAAUCCUUGGUUUAUAAUCCUGAAACAACUGGAGGACAUUCUGUUAAGAGAAGCUGGUCCUGUCUCAGGGUGUUAAUACUGGUUGAAUAUCUUAAACCUCUACUUGCAUAUUGGGAGUAUUUAAGUUUGCUGGGGGUUUUUUGUUUGUUUGUUUUAACAUCUGAGUCCAAUAAAGUUUUUCUUUAAACUUAAA